UUCAGAUCUUUUCGCCUUGUGCAGACUAUGAUUUUUGCCAUAGAGGAAAUAAAUAGGAGCCGUACUCUACUUUCGAAUAUUACAAUUGGCUACAAAAUUCUCGAUGACUGUUCUUCACCUACAAUCGCUACCAAGGCAGCCCUGACUCUGGCGAAUGGAAUGGAAGAAAUUAUUUCUGCCAGUGAUUGUAACGGUCUUCCCAAUGUCUUGGCGAUAGUUGGAGGCGGUGAAUCCUCCCAAUCCAUCGCAAUAGCAAGGACUAUUGGUCCAUUUAGAAUGCCAUUGAUUAGUUACUUUUCCACGUGUGCGUGCCUCAGUAAUAGACAGGAAUACCCGGCCUUUUAUAGAACAAUACCAAGUGAUUACUAUCAGUCCAAACUUUUGGCUCAGCUUGUUAAAACUUUUGGAUGGACGUGGAUCGGAGCCGUUAGGAGCAACAAUGACUACGGUAAUUUUGGAAUGGAAGCUUUUAUGGAAGACAUUGAAAAACUAGGAAUUUGCCUGGCUUUCUCAGAAUCGUUUUCUAGAACGGACCCGCAGGAGAAAGUAACGGAGAUUGUUCAGGUUAUCAAUAAGUCAACAACAAAGGUAAUAGUCGCAUUUUCAGCCACAGGAGAAAUGCGGAUUUUGUUGAGAGAAAUCGUACGUCAAAACGUGACGGGUAUACAGUGGAUUGGAAGUGAGGCUUGGGUUACAGCGGAACUACUGUCUCCAGGGGAAAGUACCAAAUUCCUGACAGGGACAAUAGGGCCUGCCGUCCAUGUGGCAGAAGUGUUGGGAUUGCGAGACUUUCUUCUUCAGGUUCACCCAUCUACCUACCCAGGCAAUAGUUUGGUGGCAGAAUUUUGGGAAACAACAUUCAAGUGCACGCUCCUGUCAGGAAACAAAGUUAAAUCAGAUGUUGUUCCUGAAAAUCCUCAAUGUACGGGCCAUGAAUCUUUACACGGAGUAAACAAUGCUUAUUCUGAUAUAACCAUGGAUGGGAGCUCCUCUAACGUGUAUAAAGCAGUCUACGCCUUCGCCCAUGCAGUGCAGGAAAUGCUCGCCUGUGAAGAUGGAAAAGGGCCGUUUACAAAUGGCACGUGUGCGCACUUUUCUACUUAUGAGCCGUGGCAGCUCCUUCAUUAUAUGCAGUCAGUUAAUUUCACAACUAGUUCUGGCGACAAAAUCUACUUUGAUUCUAAUGGAGAUCCAGUGGCUAUGUAUGACUUGAUAAACUGGCAAGUCAAUAACCAUGGUUACCCAGUGCUGGUGACUGUUGGCUAUUACGAUGCUUCUGUAACUUCCGGCCAGUCAAUCACCCUAAAUAAAGAAGCUGUUGUGUGGAAUGGCGGAAAUAACAAGGUUCCACGUGCAGUUUGCUCCGAGAACUGUCCCCCAGGGACACGGAAAGUCUCCAGAAAGGGGCAACCGAUCUGUUGUUUUGAUUGUACUCAGUGCGCUGACGGCGAGUUCAGUAACACCACAGAUGCUUUAGACUGCAUUCAGUGUCCGCUAGAAUACUGGCCCAGUACGAACAAAGACAAAUGUGUCGCAAAAGAAAUCGAGUUUCUCGAUUUUGGGGAGACCUUGGGAAUCGUAUUAGUGACACUCGCGUUGGUUGGAAUCUGUGGAACUAUAGCAAUAGCUGGAGUUUUCCUUCAGCAUAAGGAUACUCCCAUUGUGAAGGCCAACAAUUCCGAGCUAAGCUUCCUUCUUCUCUUCGCAUUAACUCUUUGUUUCCUGUGCUCCCUUACUUUUAUUGGCGAACCUUCAUUUUGGUCCUGUGUAUUACGGCGUGUAAUAUUUAGCAUUACUUUUGUCAUAUGCAUUUCUUGCAUUUUGGCAAAGACUAUUCUUGUACUGAUGGCCUUUAAAGCAACACUUCCUAACAACAACCUGAUGAGAUGGUUUGGACCUACACAGCAACGUUUUGGCGUUGUUGGUCUCACAUUUAUUCAAGGUUUUAUAUGCACUGUAUGGCUAAGUAUUGCGGCACCAUUUCCAAUGAAAAACACAAGCUAUUACAACGAAAUCAUUAUUUUAGAAUGCCGUGUGGGGUCUAUAACAGCCUUUUAUUGUGUGUCGGGUUAUAUUGCAAUCUUGUCCUGUGUUUGCUUUGUUCUUGCAUUUUUAGCACGGAAACUGCCCAAUAAUUUCAAUGAAGCCCAAUGUAUAACCUUUAGCAUGCUUAUCUUCUGUGCUGUUUGGAUAACAUUCAUUCCAGCCUAUCUAAGCUCUCCUGGGAAAUAUACUGUCGCUACUGAAGUGUUUGCUAUUUUGGCAUCCAGCUUUGCUUUGCUUCUCUGUAUUUUCGUUCCUAAAUGCAUAAUUAUAUUGUUUAAACCAGAAAACAAUACAAGAAAGCAUGUAAUGUCCAAAAUGGCUUCAAAAAACCUUUAA